UUAAAAUAUUUCAUGGCAACACUAAAUAACGACGUUCUUUCGCGGUGCGUGCGACAUGACGCGCCGGUGAAUUUUAUUAUAAAUUUGACGUAAUUCUUCAGUGCAUAUCUCGAAAAUAAGACUUCACAAUGGCCGAUCAAGUCGACUCAAUGUCAGAUGCGGAGCUACGAACGAAACUUGCAGAGCAUGGGUUUCCUAUUAUGCCUAUUACGGCAUCCACAAGAAAGUUGUUGGUGAAAAAGUUGAAAUUAGUGUUAGACAACAAAAGUAAACCACGAGCUAGCGUCGAUAACAAGGCCGACACAAGGCGGUCACUUGCACGCUAUUCAAGCGGCGAGGAGUCCGAUUUGGAUACAACUGCUAAUGCUAAAGAGAAACGUGGCCGCCGGGCAACGACCGGAGGGGCGAUGCUGCCACCUGCAGCCAACAAGGCACGUCGCCCGCCUCCGAAGAAAGGUUCUCCCGCUAAACGGGAUUCUGACAAAGGUUCCGAAUCAGACGAAGAAAAACCUGUGAGAACACACGAAGAAGUUGAAACUGUGACCACUCGCACUAUCAAGCGCACUUACGCGGCAAACGAUGCGGACGACUACGAGACUGGCUCCGACAGCGAUGUUGACGCCGACAAGAAGACAUCUAGUCCUUUCCGAAGCAAUUCUAGGUCAAGUGACUACAUCUCUAGCACAUUACCAAGUGUUGAUGUCAACAUUAGUCCCCCUAAGACAUCAGUGUUCUCCCGUGCAUCCAUCAUACCAACAAACUAUUCAUCUACAUACUCAUCCGGUAUGACUUCUUCUGAUAAUCUCAAUUCAAUACGAUCACGGUUAGGUUUAACAUCUUCAUUGGCAGAUCGUCCAUCUACUAUUCCAACUUCUAACUAUAGCUCCAACUAUUCAACAAGUACUUACCAGCCAUCUACUUCUACUAUUGAUGAGGUAGAAUCUCCAUAUUUAAGUAACUUCACAAGACGUUUAUCGGCACUUAAGUCGGAUCCACCAAAACCUGCAUCAUCUUAUCUUGACCGUGACACCAACAAUGGAAGUACUGUGUUGCCCCGCAGGUCUUACAUCACUGGUGUGAACCGUUCUGAUAUAGUAGAUUAUAAAUCUGCUACAGACAAGAAAUUUUUGAAGAAUAACCUUGUUUCACUUGCUCUGGUUGUGUUAGUUGCACUUUUUUUUUUUUGCUUAUUUUUCAUGUAUAUAGUUAAGAAAAACGACAUCACAUCAGUGGUGGACGAUCAGAACAGUGUCAUACCAAUCUGUCAGUUGAACAUACCUGGCAAUCGACCAGGUAUAAAUUGUGUGCCUAAAGAACAAGUCAGUUAUGCUAAAGAUCUCCUCAAAGUCAUACACCCUGAAUUAACUAGUCGAAUAGCAUCAUACAAAUGUGGUCAGGCAGGAACACUGCCUUAUCUCACAGAACGGGAAAUAAUUGACAUUGCCAGUGCCAAGGCAGAUACCCAUGAUGUCAGCCAGUGUCGCACUGACCUCAAUAACUUGCAAGUUCUUCUCAUAAACAACCCUCGCUGGGGACUGAAUGUGGUCCAGUUGAAAAACCUUUACACAAAAGAUAUUGAGUACUCUCCAAUUGCUUCUACUGACCUGAUUGUCCAACAAAGGACUAAAGGUACAGUUGCCAUCACACUCUCAGAUCCAUCAACACCUUUGUCAUGCUUAUUUGUCAACACUUUGUACUCUGCUGGGUCCAGUCUUAUUGUAGUUGCCCUUCUAACUUUACUUGGCUUAGGCCUUCAAAGAGCUUACAAAUAUUAUGUGAUGUAUCAGAAGAGAAAGAGUGAAGAGAUCUAUUCUAUGGUUGAACAAAUUAUUGAUGUGAUAUCUCAAGAGACUGAGGAUAGUGGAGAACCAUACAUAUCUGUGGACCAUGUGAGGGAUACUCUCAUCUCACCUCAAAACAGGGAGAAAAUGGCUUCUGUUUGGGAUGCUGCCGUCAAGUUUAUUCAAAGGAAUGAGAGCAGAGUGCGCAUGGAAGUACAAUCCGUGGACGGAGAGGAUUGCCGCGUCUGGAGGUGGAUUUCUGCCCACAGCAGCCCAAAACGCAGUGCAUCGUGGCAAGGCCAGGCUUUUGAAACUCAGGAAGGCUCUGUUAACAACUUAGUAGUCUCUCCAACUCCCUGCCUCAAAAUUCGACACAUGUUCGACAAAAACGACGACAACCCUCUAUUGAGGGUGAAGAUCCAGGACGCUAUUUUGGAAAAAUGUGACACGCACUGCAACAUCCUGCACAUCGACAUCGACCGCACGUCGUGCUGCGUCUACGUCAAGUGCGCCUCCCCGGCCGACGCCGGCGUCGUCUACCGCAGUCUGCACGGCUGGUGGUACGAGGGCCGACUCAUCACCGUCAAGUACUUGCGCCUCGAGCGCUACAUGCAGCGUUUCCCCACGUCGCCGUCUACCGGGCCCUACCUCACGUUGACCCGACACCCGCGCCGCGGUCUCUGGCCCGAUGAGUAGACCUGACCUACUGGCUACCGGUGCAGCGCCACUUCGGGGAUGUUAUACUUGUGUGUUACGGAAGUUUCAGAACUUUACCUGAAUGCUUCAUUAUUUAUUGCGAGUAACUUUCAAGGAUUGUUGUCUGUAGCUCAAGUUCAUUUCAUUGCAUUUCUUUCGGGUUUAUAAAAUGAUGAUUGAUUUGCCAAUGGCAUAGGUAAAAAUGUUAAAGAUUGCAUGCAUAUUGACUAUAAAUUAAUUCGGUUUUUGUUUUCUAACAUAUUUUCAUAAUAAAUACACUGCAUAAUAUUUGUUCAUUUGUAUUUCUCCCAUUUACUUCAUAUUAGAUUGAUAUUGGUAAUUUGAAAAGUGUUUUUAAAUAGUCAUCUGGUUUGUACGAAGUCUUGCCUGAAAACGUCAAUGAUUGUAAUAAUAUAUUGUACCUGUGUUAUAUUUUGUUAUUAUAAACUAUAUCCCAAAUACGGGCCACGCCCCAUAACAUGUACUAAGCUUAAAAUACUUGUACUUGUCAAUUAAAUUGUUUAAGACUUCGGUAGUCACUGAUCUGAUUUAUUUCCUUAGGUGCUGGUCUUAACUUAAUGCCUUAGAUUUGAAGGAAAAAUGUUUUUUCAAUAGUAGUAGCAAAUAAAAUGUUCUCUUCUGAAUUGUUGUAAAUAUUUCACAUCACAUGUUUCAGAUGUAUUUCUACUGUUUCGAUUUAAGUUACGAAGUUUCAAGGGCUUAUAUUUGUUAUUGAAUUUACUGAUGUUUUGGAACAAAUUGUUUAAAAAAAUGAUAGUUUUAAGUAGGAUAAGUUUCAUAGGGUAUACCGACGCAUACACACAUUUGGUUUAUUUUCUUAUAUCAUAAGUAUCGACGCGACAGCACAACGCGAGGAGACCUAGGUGUGUUUUAAUUUCGUAUAAAUUGACAUUUUGUUCUUAAGUAUUUCUACUAACUUCACUAUACUUAAUAUCUAGUUAUUUUUAUGGAUUGAUUUUCAUUUUUUAAUAAAUUGAUUAAG